AAUUGUCCCCGGGUGACACAUCUGUAUCUGCCCCAAAAUUUAUUGCUCAAAGAGCCCUAAUGGCUGCUCAAGUAUUACAUUCAAAUUCAUCCAUUUCAAUCUCAAAUUCUCCGGUAUUAUGCAGAAAUACAACAAUUCUUCGAGUUCCUCAAUUGCGUCGUCUCCCGGCGUGCCCUAAUUCUGUCAAGCAGCGCGCGGGAAGGAGACUAUCAGUCCAGUGUUCGGAAAAUCGAACUCAAACUCUGAGGACUUGCAAGAAUUGCAAAAGCCAGUUCGAUCCGUUGCUCAAUCAUCCCCGUGCCUGCCGUUAUCACACUGCUCAUUUUGGAGGAGAAACCAAGAGAAAGUUUGAGAGUGUAUAUACAGGCGGCACCAUGGACACCCCUGACUCCGGAAAAGUUUUCCAGUACUGGCAUUGUUGUGGGUCUGAAGAUCCCUUUGAUCCUGGCUGCACCGCUGCACCUCACUCUUCUUAUGAUGACUGAUGAUGCAACUGGAAGCAGGACAUCGUGUCCAAGACAUAUAGUGAUUAUCUAUUGUUUUUGGUCUUCCCUUUCUGUAACUGAAAUUACUUUCAUAUGUUCCGUAGUCUCUGCUCUUGAAAAAUGUAAAGCAUUUUCGUACAUUGUCCUUAUAAAAAAAAAACAAACAGAAAUAAAACCUUUUUGGUUUUUUAA